AAGCCUGUUAUUUAAUUCACGUAGUGGCAUUUCCAGCAGAGCUUGAAGUUCAAAGCCUGAGGGAGAGAAUAGAGAAGUGUACGCGUGAACGCCAACCAGCAGCCCCAAUCUCAGCCAGUGACGUGUGCAGCAAUCAAGUCUUCUUCCCUGGAGAGACUAAGAGCUCAGUGUUGAGCAGCAGCCGCAGCAGUAGAAGCCGGCUAUCGUACAUCGAGCUCCGAUACUCUCCAGGAACUUGGAAUCAUCUCAACGUUCUGCCUUCGGAAAGGGGCAGGAAUGAAGCUGGCGAUGCCACGCUGAACAUUCCAGCUGCAGGUUCCACCACUCCGAAUCUCAAGAUGAUCGUUGCACCUUUAAUAGCCAUGGGGGCUACCCUGGGCACGGCUUCGGGUCUCAUUGCCCUUUGCGGACUCGUGUGCCUGUGCAAGCACCUACAGAAGAAGAAGUCACCGGACAGCGGGGAAGGGACGCCGGUCACCAUGGCCAGCGUUCUACAGCCGGGGCAAGUGAUGAAUGUUUAUAAAUGCACGGAGCCGGUCCAGCCCCAGGCGCAGCUCCGCUUCCCUUACGUCAUCUCCUCUAAGCAGACGUCUCCGGAGAUCGUUAAUUGCAAAGAUCGCUCUUUGAAGGCGGUGGGAAGCGACGAGUUGGAUGCAAAUGAGGCUGGAGAAAGCCCAACGCUGAAAACUAUUUCAGGAGUGCUGAUAUCAGAUCAGUGUGUGAAUACUCCUCCUUCUGACAGCGAGGACGCGAAGAAAGCGAGCAGCCCGCAGCAUGUACCAAAGCUGCGUUACUCCCUCGGUUAUGACCGGCAGACAGCUGAGCUCUGUGUGUCUUUCCUUGAAGCCGUAGGUGUGCUGCUUCCUGGAGAGGAGGAUUCUGGGAGCCACUGCUACGUCUCGGGCAUGCUGAACACUCAGCGCGGACAGACGGAGGCGCAGACGGCCUUGAUAAAAAGAACCGCGCACACAGUUUGGGAAGAAGCCCUAUUGUUCCCCCUGCAGGAGGAGGACCGAGCCCAAGCCACGCUGACCCUCACCCUGCGCAACUCCGACCGCUUCUCUAGGCACCAGGUGGUCGGGGAGAUCACCCUGAGCUUGGCCAAUGUCGGCAUACCGUUUGGCACUGCGCGGUGGGUGGAUCUCAGGGCACCCGAAAAGGAUGUGGACUCCACCAGUGAAGUCCUCCUGUCUAUGAGCUAUCUGCCGGCAGCCAAUCGUCUUAUUGUGGUAUUAAUCAAAGCCAGGAAUAUACAUUCCAAUCAGAACAACAACCUUGUGGGGAAAGAUCUCUACGUGAAGGUCAGCCUCUGGCAUAAGUCUCAAAGGCUCAAGAAGAAACAAAGCAAAAGGGCAAAGCACAAAAUUAAUCCCGUCUGGAACGAGAUGAUCAUGUUUGAGGUGCCAUCGGAGCUGCUGACAGAGGUCAGGGUAGAGCUGGAUAUGCUCUGCCAGGAACCUGGUGGGGGUCCGAGUUACUCCCUGGGUACCUGCUGUCUGGGGUCAGAUCAGACUGCUACAGGAAAAAGUCAUUGGCAAGAGAUGGUGAACAACCACAGGAGACAGAUAGCCAUGUGGCACCGUUUGCUUCCAUGAGAGAUGUCCACGCCGCCAGACGGGUCAUAUCGCUUCACAAUCAGCAUGCCAUCCAUCCAGAGAGACACAGCACAAGC